AUCUCAUGUUUGAUAACGAAUUUACAACAUAAACAACAAUUUAAAAAUUAAAAAUAAUCAGAAAAUCGAGAAUCUUUGAUGAAUUAUCACGAUUUAGAUUAUUUUAAUGCAUUUCUAAUGAAAGUUACAUCAAUUUUUCAAAAUGCACAACGAACAUUGUCGUUUAUGUGGCAAUCAGAAUAACGAAAAGUUAGACAUUUUUAGCGAAAUCUGUUCAAACAAAAAGCUCGAGUCGAAAAUUAGAGAAAUCGUUCGUUUAAAUAUUUUGCCGGAAGAUCCUUUACCAAAAACUGUGUGUGUUUCGUGCAUUAAUCAUUUAGAAAACGCUUCGCAUUUUGUAGAUCAAUGUCACCAGACUCAAGCUUAUUUAAGCCAACUGUACGAAGAAAGCAUAUUGCCGAUUCCUACCCAAAAUUCCUUCCGAGCACCGAAUUAUGCGGAGAAAAUUACGGUUGUAUUGAACGAUCGAGCUGAUAUUGAAAUUAAUAUCACCGAAUUGAGAUCAAUCCUAACUCACAAAAUAGAAUCUAAUCAAACUAAUUCAGAUAAUGAUGCUAUUGGAAACAACUCCAGUCAGAUAAUUUCAGUUCCACUUGGUGAUAACGUUAACAAUACACAUCAGAAUUCUAUCGAAGUACGUGAAAAUUCAAGCUCUGUGCAAGACAAUUCAGAUCCGCUAGCUUCAAAUCAUAACUACAAUAGCAAUACCAAUACGCCCGAUAAAAAAAACAUAAUCCUAGUCGAUAAAAUCAGUGAUGAAAAUUCGAAUGAUAUUCCAUCCAAAGAUGCGUGUUCUUCUGCCAGCAAUUCCCAAGAGCCCAUUCGUAACGCAAAUGGGGAAAAUACAAGGAGUAAUCGCAGCCGAUUGAAAAGAAAAUGUACCAUGCGAGUAACACCGGUAAAUAACCAUCUCGAUUUUAGCGAUGAAGAAAACCGUGAACCAGACGAUAACAGUGAUAAUGGCGAUGAUUUGACCGAUAAAAAUACAAAAAAGCCCAAACUUCAAAGUGAACUUGGUCUAUUUUCAUGCAAACUAUGCCGAUCUCCGUUCAAAGCUUUACAGAUGCUCAAUCAGCAUAUAAAAACAGUUCAUACUAUAGGCAAAGAUCAUUUAAUACUAAAGAAACACAAUAUGAGAAAUAGCCACUCUAAACCGUAUGUUUGUGCCAUAUGUGACUGGAGAACUGGAGAAAAAAAACUAAUUAGGCGACACAUUGCGAGUAAACAUAGCUCCACAUCAUGGACAUCAGAAACAAGUGCUAAAGAAAAUGAUACAAAUGAGCAAACAGCCAACGGUACAAGUGCAUUUUGUGGACAAACUUUUUCUAAAGAGUUACAUCAAGAGCACUCGAACGUGCAUUCUAGAAUUAGUACAUUUUCUUGCAAACUAUGCACAUCUUCGUUUAAAAAGAAAUAUAAUCUCAAUAGGCAUAUACAGAGAGUUCAUUCUGAAAAGCAGUUCAGUUCAACCAGCGAUCACAUUGUCAAACACAAGGAUGCACUUACACAACACAAAAAAAUCGUCCAUGAAACAUCAUUUGCUUGUGAUAUGUGUGACUAUAAAACUAGCUCGAAGGGUCACAUUCAACAACAUAUUGCUGACAAACACACUACAGCAUCAUGGACAUCAAAAAGAAAUGCUGAAGAAACUGACACAAAUAAGCAAAAAUCCGAUGGUACAAGUGCAUUACGUGCACAAACUUUUCCUCCAGAGUUAUAUCAAGAGCACUUGAACGUGCAUUCUAGAAUUAGUUCAUUUUCUUGCAACCUAUGCACAUCUGAGUUUAAAAAGAAAUAUAAUCUCUAUAGGCAUUUACAGACUGUUCAUUCUGUAAAGAAGUUCAGUUCAACCAGCGACUACAUUGUCAAACACAAGGAUGAACUUACACAACACAAAAAAGUCGUCCAUGAAACAUCAUUUGCUUGCGAUAUGUGUGACUAUAAAACUAGCUCGAAGGGUCAAAUUCAACAACACAUUGCUGACAAACACACUGUAGCAUCAUGGACAUCGAAAAGAAAUGCUGAAGAAAACGAUCAAAAACAUUUCUUUUGCGCAACUUGCGAUAAAACAUUUUCACAAGAGUUGACUUAUCAAGAACAUUUGAACGUUCAUUCUGGAAAACGUCCAUUUUCAUGCAAACUCUGCACAGCUUCGUUCAGAGCUCGACAAGACCUCAAUCAGCAUUUGCGAACGAUCCACUCAGAGAAGCAGUUCAAAUGCCCGACUUGCAAUUACGUAGCCAAACACAAAGGUAAACUAACCGAACACAUAAAGUGUGUCCAUGAUAAGCCAUUCGCAUGUGAUAAGUGCGCCUACAGAACCGGCGAGAAGGGUAAAAUUCAGCAACACAUUGCCAGUAAACAUACCAAGGCUUUGUCUUUUGUUUGUGAAGUCUGCGGUAAUGGAUUCAAAACGAGGUAUUCUCUGCAAAUGCACAUGAAAAAUAUUCAUUUUCCUGAGCCGAAAGUUUGCCAAACCUGUGGCACGAUUUGUCCUUCGUUGUCGAAAUACAACGCGCAUGUAUUCAGAUGUGGCAAAGAGAAGCAAAAAUACAAAUGUGAGAAGUGUGGACAAACGUAUGUGAGUAAGGAAAUUCUCAGAGAUCAUAUGAAUAAGCAUUUGAACCUGAAACCGUACAAGUGUAAGGUUUGUGGUAAGGCGUUUCACAUGAGAACUCGAUUGUGGACUCACGAAUAUGUUCAUCGUGGAGCAAAUUACCAAUGCGAAAUUUGCAAUAGGUCUUUCAAUAGGAAGGAUAAUAUGAAGAAUCAUAUGAAGAGGCAUUUCUACAAAUCUAUGAGAUGUGAUGAUACGAUAGUGACUGCAGUUUGAAUUUUCUAUUCUAAUGAUGAUCGAGUAUUUUUGUAUGUAAAUUUUUAUACCUUUUUUUUGUAAGUACUUGCUAAAAUGUAAUAAAUGUCGAUGAAUAAUU